ACGGCUAGAUCAAAUGCCCGGCCGAAGAGCUUAACACUAGAUCCCUGGCAAAUUGAAUCCAUCGAGAGAGUAGGAACGUAUAAGCGAGGCCAACACUCCAAAUCUCACUGAAAAGAACUUUUUUUCUUCACAAUUCCACAUUUGAUCUAUGGAUUUUGUAAGGUUUGUAUAGAUCGAAAAGAAGAGAAUGGCUAAUUAUUUAGCUCAGUUUCAGACGAUCAAGAGCUCUUGUGAUCAUCUCGUGAUUGCUGUUGAAGAUGUGAGUGACUUGUGGCCUACCAUCAAGAAUAAUUUUGAAGAGCAGCUGCCAUUCAAAAGAGCUUGCUUAAAUAACAAGACCCGUAAUCCUGUGUUUGUGGAGAAUUUGCCAGCUGAAUUCAUAUUAACCACCGAUGCAAGACUGCGUAGCCGAUUUCCUCAGGAGCAAUAUUUAUUUUGGUUUCGAGAGCCUUAUGCAACUCUAGUUCUUGUUACAUGUGAGGAUCUUGAUGAGUUCAAGACCAUUCUUAAGCCACGCCUGAAAUUAAUUGUCCAAAAUGAUGAGCGUGAAUGGUUUAUUGUAUUUGUGUCUAGAGCUCAUCCAAGCAAUGAUCAGGCCACCAAAAUGGCAAAGAAAGUAUAUGCUAAACUUGAAGUUGAUUUCAGCUCCAAGAAGAGGGAAAGGUGCUGCAAGUUUGACAUACAUGGUCCUGAAGCAAAUUUUUGGGAAGACUUAGAGUCAAGGAUUAUGGAGUCUAUCAGAAAUACAUUGGAUAGACGUGUACAGUUCUAUGAGGAUGAGAUACGCAAGCUUAGUGAGCAGCGAUUCAUGCCAAUUUGGAACUUCUGCAAUUUUUUCAUUUUGAAGGAAAGCUUGGCUUUUAUGUUUGAGAUGGCUCAUCUUCAUGACGAUGCCUUGCGUGAAUACGAUGAACUAGAAUUGUGCUACUUGGAAACAGUUAAUAUGGGUGGGAAGCGUAGGGAGUUUGGAGGACUAGACCACGGUGAUGAUCAGGCAGCGCUGCUCAACCCUGGAAACAAACCAUUGACACAGAUUGUUCAAGAUGACUCAUUCAGGGAAUUUGAAUUCAGACAGUAUCUCUUUGCUUGUCAAUCAAAGCUCUUAUUCAAGCUGAAUCGUCCUUUUGAGGUUGCUUCAAGGGGUUUUCCAUUUAUAAUUAGCUUUUCAAAAGCCCUGGCAAUACAUGAGAAUAUAUUACCCUUCUGUAUGCGGGAAGUUUGGGUGAUCACUGCAUGCUUAGCUUUAGUCAAUGCAACCAAUUCUCAAUAUAAUGAGGGUCAUGUAGCCCCUGAGAUAGAAAAGGAGUUCUAUCGCCUUCAAGGUGAUCUUUACUCGCUAUGUCGGAUUAAGUUCUUGAGGCUUGCUUAUCUAAUUGGAUAUGGAACAGAGAUAGAAAGGAGUCCUGUUAACAGUGCUUCUCUGAGCAUGCUGCCUUGGCCCAAGCCUGCAGUUUGGCCUUCAGUUCCAGAUGAUGCUUCCUCCGAGGUGCUCGUGAAAGAAAAGAUGAUUCUGCAAGAAACUCCUAGAGUCAAGCACUUUGGUAUUCAGAGGAAACCCUUGCCCCUGGAACCUACUGUUUUAAUACGUGAGGCAAACCGGCGAAGGGCUUCCCUUUCUGCUGGAAACACGUCAGAGAUGUUUGAUGGUCGACCUGCCUUUGCCGAUGGAUCAGGCUCAGAUGUAUCAUUAAAGACAUCCCCGUCAAAUAAAGUACAAGCAAUAUCGAUGUCACGUGCUCUCUCAUCUCCUGGAUUCGAGGGCUCCAUUGAUCGACCUAUGAGACUUGCUGAAAUAUUUGUUGCUGCUGAACAUGCUCUGAAGCAAACAAUUUCAAAUCCUGAUCUGCAGAAAACUUUGUCAUCUAUAAAGGAGUCUGAGCAAAAAUAUAUGGAGCUCACUAAAGGUGCUGCUGACAAUUACCAUCGUUCUUGGUGGAAAAGACAUGGAGUUGUCCUUGAUGGUGAAAUUGCAGCUGUCUGUUUUAAGCGUGGGAACUUUGACCUAGCUGCGAAGUCAUAUGAGAAGGUUUGCGCUCUUUAUGCAGGUGAAGGAUGGCAAGAUUUAUUGGCUGAAGUCCUGCCCAAUUUAGCUGAAUGUCAGAAGAUACUCAAUGACCAAGCUGGCUACCUGUCAUCUUGUGUGCGAUUGCUUUCACUAGAUAAAGGUUUAUUUUCGAUGAAGGAACGCCAAGCUUUUCAGUCAGAAGUUGUUAGUCUUGCACAUAGUGAAAUGAAGCACCCUGUUCCUCUUGAUGUAUCAUCAUUAAUUACUUUUUCCGGGAAUCCUGGGCCUCCUUUGGAAUUAUGUGAUGGGGAUCCUGGUACCUUAUCUGUAACUGUUUGGAGUGGCUUUCCUGAUGAUAUUACUCUUGAUUCUCUUACUCUCACUUUGAUGGCUACAUAUAACGCUGAUGAAGGUGGGAAGUUAAGGAGCUCUACUGCCACUGUGCUAAAGCCUGGUAGGAAUACAAUUACCUUUCCUUUACCACCACAGAAACCUGGUUCCUACGUCUUGGGGGUUCUUACUGGACACAUUGGACACUUGACUUUUCGAUCUCAUAGUUUUUCCAAGGGAGGUCCAGCAGAUAGUGAUGAUUUCAUGAGCUAUGAGAAACCGACCCGGCCUAUACUGAAGGUUUCCAAACCGAAACCUCUGGUUGAUCUUUCUGCUGCUAUAUCAUCUGCCUUACUGAUUAAUGAAGCUCAGUGGAUUGGAAUUAUAGCACAACCUAUAAACUACUCCUUAAAAGGUGCUGUCUUGCAUAUUGAUACUGGUCCUGGUCUGAAGAUUGAAGAGUCACAUUCCAUUGAGAUAGAGAACUACAGAAAUAGCCCUCAGAGUUCUGCUGAUAUGGCAAACUCUGGUGAUGCUAGGAAAGAUAGUUCUGUGGCUGCUAAUAAGGACUUUGAGCAGCUAAGUCUCCACAAUGGUAAAAUAGAGUUGCCAGAUUGGGCCAGUGAUGUGACCUCAAUUCUAUGGAUUCCAAUUCGUGCUAUUGAUGACAAGCUUGCAAGAGGGUCAUCUUCAGGGGCCCCCCAGAGACAGAGCAUUGUGGAUGGAAUGAGGACAAUAGCUCUGAAACUUGAAUUUGGAACAUCAAACAACCAGAUCUAUGACAGAACCAUUGCUUUGCAUUUCACUGACCCUUUCCAUGUGAGCACACGUGUUGCGGAUAAAUGCAAUGAUGGUACAUUGCUUUUGCAGGUAACACUGCACUCCCAAGUGAAGGCCACAUUGACUGUUUAUGAUGCUUGGCUUGAUCUUCAAGAUGGAUUUGUUCAUGCUAGACAAGGAGAUGGAAGACCAAUUUCUGGCUUUUUUCCACUUGUCAUAUCUUCAACUUCAAGAGCAGGACUCCUAUUCAGUGUAUGCUUGGGGAAGAAAUUUGCUGAAGAUGAAAACAAGGCUCAACAAGACAGUAUAUUAAACAUCAGAUAUGGAAUUGCUGGUGAUAGAACCAUUGGGGCUCACCCCCCUGUGGCUGUGAAAUUAAAUGAAACUGAGGGUACUGGUCAAGAUUUAAUCUUCAGGAGUGCUCUAGUUUUGCAGCAGCCUGUGCUUGACCCAUGCCUGGCUGUUGGGUUCCUGCCCCUUCCUUCUGAUGGUCUUCGAGUUGGGCAACUUAUUACCAUGAAAUGGAGGGUUGAAAGGUUGAUAGACAUUGAGGAGAAGAGAGUUCCUCAAAACAAUGUUGAGAUGUUAUAUGAAGUCAAUGCAAAUUCUGAGAAUUGGAUGAUUGCUGGGAGGAAGAGGGGGCAUGUAUCUCUCUCCACAAAGCAAGGUUCAAGGAUAGUUAUUUCCAUAUUAUGCGUGCCACUUGUUGCUGGUUAUGUCCAUCCCCCUCAAAUCGUGCUACCAGAUAUUGAUGAGGCGAGUGUAAGCUGCAGUCCUGCUGGACCUCACCUGGUUUGCGUCUUGCCUCCUGCUCUCAGUUCAUCCUUCUGCAUUCCAGCAUGAUCGGCUCUCUGGCCUCUCCUCAUGCUAGUCAUCUCUGGUCAUAAUUCUCCACUCUUGAGAAGUAAAUUCCAUUCAAUGAAACUUUUAACAGUCAGAGGAAAAUUUUCAGGCAUCCAAUUUUUAUUUUGCUUGAUAUUUGUAAAUUUGCAAUAUUUUUCCCCCUUGCAUUGUUGGGAAAAAUCAAGAAAACUCCAUUGAUUUAGAUUAGAAUAGUUAGUUCUAUCAAUGCUUUCAAUAUCAGUUGUGCAAUGUUCUUGGCUCAUGUACAUAAGAACUUGGGAUAAGGUUAAUCAGAACUUCACCUUCAAUUUU